GGGACGUCUGCCUGCGGAGCUGUUAUCCUUCCUGUGAUAACGAGGAAAGAGCGAAUUGAAAAUGGGUGAUGUUGAGAAAGGCAAGAAGAUUUUUGUUCAGAAGUGCGCCCAGUGCCACACCAUUGAAAAAGGAGGCAAGCACAAGACUGGGCCUAAUCUCCAUGGUCUGUUUGGUCGGAAGACGGGUCAAGCAGCUGGAUUCACUUACACAGAUGCCAGCAAGAACAAAGGCAUCACCUGGGGAGAGGAUACACUGAUGGAGUAUUUGGAGAACCCCAAAAAGUACAUCCCUCGAACAAAAAUGAUCUUCACUGGCAUUCAGAAGAAGGGAGGACGGGCAGAUUUGUUAGCUUAUCUCAAAAAAGCUACAAAUGAGUAAUAGCCACUGCCUUUGUUAUUUACUGCUAAACAAAUGUCUCAUGGCUUUUCAAUGUGUACCAUAAUUCAAUUGAUCUCUAAUAUCAGAUUUCAGAUCAUGAAUGGCUGGCAGAAUAUUUUUGGACAGUCCUGAUUUAAGUAAAACUGGCUUGUGGCUAAGUGAAUAUGAUCUU